AUGUUCCGGCUAGAGGCAACAGUAACGGAUCGACUAGGGAACUGCGUAGGAGUGAUCAGCAUCGGAUUUGUUUAUGAGCUGUAUUGUUAUGUGGUGCUGACGAAGAUUCUUCGAUGUAUCGGCAUAUUUUUUCUCGACAUUUUAGCAAAGGGAAUUCAUGUAGUUAGUCUGCUAUGGCUCGUUAAAGUGAUUGCAUCAGCACUUCUCUUACCCAUCCAGAAACCUCUUUCACAUGGGCAUACUUUGAGGAAACCAACGUUUAUACGCAUUGGAAAAAUGGCAUUAGUCAAUUGUUUGAUAGAAGUGCUCUGGUUUUAUGGAAUCACCUUUUGUGGCCCUCUCAGGUCUGUGCUAGUUUUCGAGUUGAGCCCUUCUGUUUUGUUGGUAGCCAUGGCAUCCGUUUUUAAGGGAAAUUCUUCAACGGCGAAAAGUAGGGGUUUAUUCUUUCUAGUCAUUGGAUAUUUAUCGCUUCUGCUGUUGGAUCGAGAUCACUCAGUAGAGGAUCCACAUGGUUACGAUAAUUCAUUCCGUCAUCUCGCGGUUGAGAUUGGUGGACCCAAGCGACUGUACUCUCUCGUGACCACGUGUUCAGCCAUGAUCCUCACUCCUAUCGGAGUGCUUUCACUGGUUAUGAAGACGUCCGUCACUGACUCUCUUCUACAUUUCAUUAUUCUGCUUUUCAUAGCAACAGUUUUUGUUAUGGUUCUUGAUUUCUAUGCCGAAAGUGUAUGCUUCCAGCAUGUCGCUGACCCUGUAAUGGCUGCUGCUCGUUGGUCACCGGUGACAAUGUUCAGCUGUGCUCUUGGGUUGGCAUGGCUGUGGUACGCUGGUCAAGGAUUACAGGAACAUAUUGUGACUUCCGGCGUCAUCAUUACAGUGAUUGCUUUUAUUUUAGCUUCGGUGUCGUUAACGUCAGCUAGUGGCCCGAAGCACAGAGGUGGUGAACUGAUUGGGAUGUCCGACACUGGGUUGCCGCUUUUCGCAUAUAAAGAGGCUUUCCUUCAGAAGACAGGCCGUUCGCUUGUUCUAUUUUUCAAGGAGACUCUUCGCGAAAUUCUGGCCAACUCUGACUCCCGACGCAUAUUUUGGUUCCUAUGCGUCAAUCUGUCGUUCUGUGGCGUCGAGUUUCUUUACGGAUUCUGGACUAAUAGUCUCGGUCUCAUCUCUGAUGGAUUCCACAUGCUCUUUGACUGUUCAGCCCUUGUGAUGGGUCUUAUCGCUGCAGUCAUGUCUCGUUGGCCGGCUACUAGGCACUUCAGUUAUGGCUAUGGAAGAGUCCUCUCAGGAUUUAUCAAUGCGCUAUUCUUGUGUGUCAUUGCCUUAUUCAUUUUACUUGAAGCUCUUGAGAGGUUGUUUGAUCCGCCCAACAUCAACACUGAUAGACUUCUGUUUGUCGCGGUUUCGGGCCUGUUGGUCAAUUUAUUCGGAAUGUACUCCUUCCAUGGUGGCGAAGGAGAUCACGGUCAUGGUCAUUCCCAUGGUGGUGUGUUUCUUCACGUUCUGGCGGACACACUGGGCUCGGUCUUCGUUAUCAUCUCGACAUUGCUUAUCCAGUGGUUUGGAUGGACUUGGGUGGAUCCACUUUGCUCCCUGAUCCUUUCAGUUCUUAUUCUUGGAUCAGUGUAUCCCCUUCUCACAAGCAGUGUUAACACACUAUUGCAGAAUCCCGGAUGA